AUGCCUGAAACUCACCAAAAGAAUUUAGCCGUUUAUAUACUGUGCGUUCUGUUGGCAAGUUUUACCGUGUUCCAGGUUUAUGUCACUGAAAACUACGAACAACUGCACGAUCGGAUCGCGGUUAUUGAAAAGCCGGAACAGAUCAAAGAUAUAGAACUUCACAAGAUAACUGACACGUAUAGCGAAAGAAAUGUCCAAUGUUUUAAAGAAAUGGAAGUUCUCCAGGAAAGAAUAUCUCUCCUGGAACAGCUGAACUUUGAUAAACUUGGACCGACUGAUUAUGCGGCUCGUAUGUUUGGUGGAGAGGUUUUGUCGGCAGAUACAACAUCACGUCAUCGAAGCUCAAUCUUUAGUAGAAUGCGAAAUAUGAUAUCGUCUGUGUACGACAACUAUCAUCAAAUGCAGUGCAUCAUACAGGAUUGUGGUACUUGCUAUGCCUUGGAAGGAAGUUCUGGAACAAUAGUUUUGAAGCUGGUAAAGAGCGUACACUUGAAUGCCAUAACGAUAGAACACAUCCCGAAGACAUCAUUACCCAGCAACGUGGAUGUCUACAGCGCAUUAAAAGAAUUUUCUGUUUGGGGUACAAACAAGCCAAGCAACAUGGGAAAGGACAUCUAUUUCGGUACAUUCACCUUCGAUUACGCGACAACGUUUUUGGAAACGUUUGAGUUCAAUUUAGAGCACGGCAUGCCCAGCAUAAGUUUCGUACGGAUUGACAUCCACUCCAACCACGGUGAAAAAUUUACUUGCAUCUACCGGAUUCGUAUUCACGGAACACCAGAAUAG